UCAGUCGGAUAACGGCAAGAAUCUCCGGGAGAUUCUCACUAAAAGUUCAGGGAAGGAGCAACAAAAUGUAGAAAAGCCUGUGAAGAUUAGCAACGUGCGAAGAAACGCGAAGAGACGAGAAUAACGCGAAAUCAAAAUGCCGGCAAUGAAAUUACAACAAUUGAAUUCAAUUCAUUCACGACCCGCCAGGCGGCGGAACUGCCCCUCUGAUUGCCCGGGAACAAUUGAAGGACCCUACGGCCUCUGGCAUUCGGCAACAAAUUAUUUAAAAAGUUAUUGCCACAUUAAGCGUCAUGGUGUUAAUAACAGUAAAGCUUUAUGCUGGCUGACACUGGCUUUGAUUUUAUUGGCCGACCAGAGCGGGCUGGGAGUGGCCUUCGGAACGGCGGGAGCAGCCGCUGCCGGAGUCGGAGCUGGAGCUGGAGGACUAAGCCCUAGCCCGCCGGGAGGAACCUGCAAGCAGCCCCUGGGCAUGGAGUCCGGCGCCAUUGCGGACUUCCAGAUAACGGCUAGUUCGGCCCACGACAUGGGGAAUGUGGGUCCACAGCAUGCCAGACUAAAGGUGGACAACAACGGAGGAGCCUGGUGUCCAAAGCACAUGGUCUCGCGCGGUCUGACAGAAUAUCUGCAGAUUGACCUGCUGCAGGUGCAUCUGGUCAGUGCCGUUCGCACCCAGGGUCGCUUCGGCAAAGGUCAGGGACAGGAGUACACCGAGGCCUAUGUCCUCGACUACUGGAGGCCGGGCUUUGAGAAGUGGAUACGUUGGAAGAGCAAUCAAGGCAAAGAGAUACUCCCCGCCAAUACGAACACCUAUAGCGAGGUGGAGAACGUGCUGCAGCCCAGCGUCUUUGCGUCGAAGGUGCGCAUCUAUCCCUACAGCCAGUACGAUCGUACCGUGUGUUUGCGCGCCGAGAUCGUCGGCUGUGCCUGGGAAGAGGGAGUCGUAUCUUACAGCAUUCCCAAAGGCAUGCAGCGGGGCAUGGAAAUCGAUCUGUCGGACAAAACCUUUGAUGGCCACGAGGAGGGCGAUCGUUUUGUGAACGGAUUGGGUCAACUUGUGGAUGGCCAGCGGGGCCAGGAUAACUUUCGCACCGAUAUCAGUGGAUUUGGCAAAGGCUACGAAUGGAUUGGCUGGCGUAAUGAUACUUUGCUGGGACGGCCCGUGGAAAUCACCUUCGAGUUUGAGACUGUUCGAAAUUUCAGCGCUGUCAUCAUUCACACCAACAACAUGUUCUCCAAAGACGUUCAGGUGUUUGUCCACGCCAAGGUGUUCUUCAGCAUCGGCGGCCGCCAGUUCGCCGGGGAGCCCGUGCAGUUCUCGUACAUGCCCGACCAGGUGCUGGAUCAUGCACGCGACGUGACAAUCAAAUUACAUCAUCGCCUGGGGCGCUACCUGCAGUUGCAUUUGUACUUUGCCGCCCGCUGGAUGAUGCUCAGCGAGAUUACGUUUAUAUCAGUGCCUGUGCUUGGCAACUUCACGGACGAGGAGGUGCUAGGUGCUCCGCCUCAAAACGGCGCCAGACAGCCGGACACCUCGGAGUAUCCGCUGCAGCGAGAUGAAGUCGGACGAGCGGUGAGCAGCGGAGGCGAACGGAGCCAGCACACCACACAAGUUAUCUCGCCGAGGCCCAUCGACCAUCAGGAACCGGAAACGGGCUUCGUGGGCGUCAUAAUCACGGUGCUGGCCACAAUUAUAAUGCUGCUGGUCGCCAUUAUACUGCUGAUAGUAGCCCGUAACAAGCGCGCCCGGGGCCGGGGCAACGUUUUGGACGCGUUUCAGCACAAUUUCAAUCCGGACACGCUCGGCGGCGUUGAUAAGCGACUCAACGGCAACGGUGUCCUGAAGGUGGUCACAACAAUGGAUGACAAUGAGUCGUCCAUUGACAAGAACAGUCUGUACCAUGAGCCCUUCAACGUGAACAUGUACACCAGUGCGGCCAGUGCCUGUUCCAUGAAUGACCUGCAGCGUCAGCAUGUAUCGCCGGAAUAUACAGAUGUGCCGGACAUUGUGUGCCAGGACUAUGCGGUGCCUCACAUGCAGCAGCUACUGCCCAAUCCUCCUGCCACUGGGGCCGGGUGUGGCCUAGGAUUGGGAGCUGGCACUGGGGGGGUAAUGGCGCCGCCGGGUGCCGAGGUUGUUAUUGCCGCUGGCAACGUAACCACCAGCGCACGCAAUUCCCUCAAUGCUGCCACACUGCCGCUGCCCCCGCCGCCCGUUCCACCGCCGCCGGAGAAAUAUUACGCAGCCACACCAAUUUGCAGCAAGUCCGUGCCGCCACCGGGCUCCCAAAGCAGCGGAUCCCUCAGUCUCAGUGUAUCGACCACGGCGGCGACCACGCCCACACCUACUGGCGGGGGUGGAGGAGGCCUCGGCAGUGGGGGAAAACCGCAUCAUUACAAUUUGGAUAUGAGCGCUAAUUUCGCCGACAUUAACGAAGAGCAGGCCAAUUGCCAAGUGCAGGAGUUUCCGCGUCAGUCGCUGGUCAUCGUCGAGAAGCUGGGCUCCGGCGUAUUCGGCGAGCUGCAUUUGUGCGAAACGAAUGUGCUGAAUGCCACCCUCGUGGCGGUGGCCACCCUGCGUCCUGGGGCCGUUGAUCACCUGCGCAAGGAGUUCCGCAGCAAGGCCAAGCAGCUGGCGCGGCUCAGUGAUCCGAACGUGGCCCGCCUGGUUGGAGCCUGUCUGCGGGACGAGCCCAUCUGCAUCGUGCAGGACUAUUCGAACUGCCUCGGCGACUUGAAUCAGUUUCUGCAGGAGCACGUGGCCGAGACCAGCGGUUUGAUGGCCAACAAGAGCCUGAGCUACGGCUGCUUAGUCUACAUUGCCACACAAAUUGCAUCGGGCAUGAAGCAUUUGGAGCAAAUGAAUUUCGUUCAUCGGGAUCUGGCAACAAGAAGCUGCAUUAUUGGCCCAGAGCUGAGCGUCAAAGUUUGCUCCAUCGGAACUGUGAUAAACCGGUCGGCAUAUGCAUCGGACUAUUGCCAACUGGAGGGCACGACCGGCAGGCAGACCCAACCGAUGCCCAUUCGCUGGAUGGCCUGGGAGAGUGUGCUAAUGGGAAAGUUUACAACAAAGUCAGAUGUGUGGUCCUUUGCCGUGGCCCUGUGGGAGAUAUUGACGUUCGCCAGGGAGCAGCCGUACGAGCAUAUGACGGACGAGAACGUUAUAGAAAAUAUCGGGCACAUCUACCAGGACGAUGCAAUGCAUGAACUCUUGCCCAUGCCCCUCAACUGUCCGCGGGAAAUCUACGAUCUCAUGUGCGAGUGCUGGCAGCGCAACGAGUCGAGCAGACCCAAUUUCCGGGAGAUACAUUUGUUUCUGCAGCGCAAGAACCUAGGAUUUAAGCCACAGAAUCAGACACUGAUGUAUUAAGCGAUUGAUCUUAACUCGAUUUUAUCUCAUAAUCAUAAAUAUUUGAAAAGUUCUUUGCUAAUUUAAUGCAUUUAAGUGGAAUAUGCAUUUAAAAUAAAUUGUUAGAAUACAAG